UCCUCCCCAAUGCCAAAACUAAUCUGAUGGUGGCAAGCUUGACAACAGGGGUCCCUUCUUUGUCAAUGGACUUCCUUUUGGAGCCAUGGAUGCAAUAAAAGCUGCAUAUGGAGCUACUGUACAAAUUAAAGAUCUUCCAAGGGAUGGGCUUAACCUAACAUUGAAAAUAAAUCUGUCAAAGCUUCCUGCAAAUCAAGAUCAAAGGCAAUCCUUUUUGGUGAAAAUUGCAUCAGUGAGGGAGGUUGUCCUUGGUGCACCAUUGAGAGUAAUUUUAAAAUAUCUUGCUUCAAGAACUGUUGCUCCAGACAUUGAUCCGCUUGUCGCCCAUGUGCAUCGGCCAAGGGAGUUAUUUUUUCUUGUUCCAAAGGGGUGUCUAGAGUGAAGGGUCGUUUGGUGAAGAUGGAGAUCAGGGCAUUGACGUGCGUAGAAGAAAAAGAAGAAGAAGUGGGUGCUUGAGAAACCGAACGAGUGGUGGAAGUUGAAAGUCGUAACUUUUUGGAGAAUAAGAGAUGACAAGGAGCACAUGAAUUCGGUUUGAGGAUUCGCACUGCCAUUAGAGAGAGAAAGAGAGGGGGAGGGGGUGUUACACCAUGUAAGAAAAUGUUCGUAAUAUUAGUCCAAUAGUUUAGAAGUUUCUUUUCCCUAUGAAUUUGUCUAUUUUUAAGCUUCCUUGAGAUUAAGAUACUAUAGCAUAGCCUUUGUUCAUGUCCUAUAAGAUCUUUAUUCUAAAUAUUUAGGUUUUUCUCUUUUGGAACAAUGAUUACUGUAAUACUUCAAUUACUU